AUGUCUAAAGCCAUUACUCUUGCUAUUUUCAUGGUCAUCCUCGUUUUAGGGAUGGUUACAAAGGAAACGCAAGCAAAAAAGUGUUAUGAAUAUAUAGUAACACCGGAGGAAAACUGCGAAAGCUUGGUGUGUGCACAUGACUGUACCAUGAGGUAUAACGGAAUCGGCGUGUGUUAUGAUACUACGAGCAAGACAUGCAUCUGUGCUUAUAAUUGCUAA